GAGCCAAAAAAAAAGGGAAGAAGAAGUAGAAGAAAACACUGCUUCUACACAAGACAACGAAAAGAUCUACUUGUCACAUUACCCCUAACGGUGACCGCACCGCUUAAGCCUCUUCCAAAACCCUCUUUGACAAAAAGACAUUUCUCAAUGCUUUUUUCAUGGAAACUUAGUGUUCGACCCUCGACUCCUAAACUCUUCUCUCUAUUACACAACCUCGCUCUCCUCUCUCCCUCUUCAACAUCCAAUCUCUCCUCACCAAAAGCCAAAGCGGACGACCAAAUCAAGUCCCAUUUGAACUCUGGCAACAUCAACGCAGCCAUCUCUCUCCUCAAAACCCCAAGCUUCGAUCCCCCUUCAACCCUCUUCUUCAAUCGAGUCCUCUCAUCUCUAACCAAAUCCCGGCGCUUCGACUGCGCAAUCUCUCUCUACAACUCAAUGCGCUGCAGCGGUGUGGCCCCUGAUGUAGUAACCCUGAACAUUAUCCUCGACUGCUACUGCGAGUCUGGACGCGUGCACGUUGCACGCCAACUGUUUGAUGAAAUGCCGAGGCGGGAGUUAUCGCCCACUACUGUCUCCUGCAAUACAUUGAUUAAAGGGUAUUGUAGGAAAGGGUUGAUAGAGGAUGCAUUUGGGGUUUUGAGUGUGAUGAAGGAGAAUGGGCCGAGCCCGGAUAGCCGGACUUAUUCUACUCUGAUCGAUUUUCUAUGUGGGUCUUCGAGGUCGGAGAUGGGUUUGUGUUUGAUUACUGAAAUGUUACGCAUUGGGUUGGUUCCGAGUGUGAUUGCGUACAAUUGUGUGUUGGCUGGGUUGUGUAAUGAGGGUAGGAUGAGACUGGCUCAACUUCUUUAUGUUAGGAUGGUGAAAUCGGGUGUCUGGGCCAAUUUGAUGACGUAUACGGGGUUGAUGAGUGGUUUUGUUAAGGAGAAGAAGAUGGAUGAUGCGAAAAAGAUUUUUGAUGAGAUGUUAGAGAAGGAGUUGGCUCCCAAUGUUGUUACAUAUACAACUUUAGUUCACGGGUUUUGCUUUAAUGGGCAGAUUGAAGAAGCAGUGAAAAUGGUCGAAGAAAUGGUCGAACGUGGUCUAAGGCCGAAUGAAGUUACGUACACUGCAUUGAUGGGUGGGCUUUGUGAGAAAGGGAGAGUGCGAGAAGCUAUGGGCCUUUUAGAUAGGAUGGGAGUCGAGGGAUUGAGUCCAAAUGAGUUCACAUAUAGUAAAUUAAUGGAUGGUUCAUGUAAGGAAGGGAGAAUCGAGGAAGCUAUUGAUCUAUUUGAUAAAAUGAAAGAAAAAGGACUGGGUACUAGUAUUGUACCAUAUAAUGUACUUAUUUCUGGGUUUUGCAGAAUAGGGGAGAUGGAGGAGGCCAUGAAGGUUUUGCAAAAUAUUACAGAAGAAGGAGCUAAGCCGGAUGUAAUUACUUAUAAUACCUUAAUUAAUGGGUUUUGUGGAACUGGAAACUUUAAAGCUGCGAAAGAGUUGCUGCUUGUUAUGGAAAGGAACGGACUAAAGCCAAAUGCUGUAACCUACAACACGCUUAUGUAUGCUUUUUGUAAAGUGGGAAAGCUUGAUUGUGCUAUGAAUCUGGUGGAAGAAAUGGCUGCUAGAGGAAUAGAAGGUGAUAAAUACAGUUACAGUAUACUUAACAGAGAUAGUGGACAAUGAGGUACCAAUAUGUUGUGAAUUUUUCAGCUGUGACCUGAUAAAAGGUCGGUCUAGGAGGACUCGGUUCGAAUUUUGGUACUUAUUGUUCUAUUCUCCUGAGUUCUUAUGCAGCACACCAGUUUGAGGAACGGUUACCGAUGAAUGAAUUUACUCUCAUGGACUCGAUUAGCAGGUCAUUUAUAGAUGUGAUUUCAUGGUCUUCUGUACUUGCCUCCUGAUCUACAGCAAAGGAUUGAAAUGUUUUUUUGAGAGAAGCUAUUGUCAAGUCAAUAUUCCAUAUGUUUUCUCUCAGACCUCCAAGAAAGACACCUCUUAUCUGUGGAAUGAGAUGAUCGUUACAGUGCUGUUUGCAAGAUGUCUAUAUAGUUUCAGCCAUUUGGCAACUCUCCUGAUCAUUCUGAAGAGUUGAAGAACAGAAUCUCCAUGUCAGCAUGCACAAUCCUGCUUCCAAUUGCCAAAAGACCGUGGAGGCAACAAGCGCACCAGUUAGGAGAAGAGAUAAUGGAGGAAGGAACACAUGCAACGUGUGAUUGAGCAACUCUAAUUUUAACAAAAAACAGCCCUUCCGUUUUAUUAUCAAAAUACUAUAAUAAAUGUUUUUGUCGGUCCUGAAUAUAUGAUCGUAUUGUCUUGGAGAAUGUGAAUAUAGUUACAUAAUUAACUUCAUAUAUUAUCUUAGCAGUAAAAAUUUAAAAUUCUAAUUUGGAUCACAUCCUUAACAAAAAUCAUAUGAAUAAAAAAUAUUAAUUUGAAGGAGAAGUUUUCUUUACACAUGCAACACAUGUUUACAAAUCCAGUUGAAUCUAAACAUGUUAGAAUUUAUAGAAUGAAACACAUAUGCAGGAGAAGAAGGAAGUGACACAUAUGCAGGAGAAGAAGGAAGUGUAUGGCUAUUCUUAAUGGUUCAGAAUCGUUCAUUGGUGUUUUUGUUACAUUUGAUCAAACAGUCAUCACUGUUACUGAGUCUUUUGGGGAAUAAAACCAGAUACUGAAGUGAAAUAAGUGCAUCUGAAUCACUAUGUAACAAUUGAAUAUUCAUGAAUGUUCAUAGGACAUCUAUAUGACCAACAAUGAUAAAUCAAAGUGUUAGCAAUCAAGAAACAUGUUAAGAAAUUGACAAGCAAAAAAGACAAUCUUAUGGAUGAGUGGUAAUAUGUACAUGAGAUAAUCAGAUUAGUGCAUUCUGAAGAAGACUGGUUGAGAAUUUGAGAUGACUAGUUAAUAAUACAAGGACAAAGAUUUUGUUGACAUGGUUUGAACAUGCAUAUGAUGGAGGGACCAAUGAAUGUGCUAAUUAAGAGGAAGAGAAGUUUUUUAGUUGAAGGACAGCCUCUGGUCAAGUUGCUAGCAGUAAGGAUUUGGGAUACAGGCUUUAAUAUUGUUGUCUGAGGCAUGGUAUAAUUCAAUGAUUCAAGGUUGCUGACCUGAGAUUUUGUUUUAUAACCUACAAUGUGAAAUCAACUUCCUCUUCAAAAAUCUGGCUUUUAGAUUUGCCUGCCUCAUAUUUUUUUUCUCAACAAUUAAAUUAUUUUACAUAAUGAUGGAUUGCUUACGUACCUUCACCUUUGAAAAUUGAUGAGUAUUAACCCAAAACAUCCCAGGUUCACUUGUGCAAUAAAGAUCCUGUCAUGAUCCCACCUCUUUAUAGUUUUCAUUUCAAUACUGUAAAGAUCUUAGCAGUCUUGAGAAACCUUCAGGUCAUCAUCCAGAAAGUUCUAUUUUUCUAUACAUGUCUCUGUUUGAUUUUGCUCUUUGAAUUAGGUGUUUUAAUAGUAAUCAGAUCUUCCAUCCAUCUGUUUAUCUGCCCUUAGGUAAAUCUUUCCCUUAAUACUUACAAGAUGGAUGAGCUUUUGACAGACUGGGACCUGUGGACAAUGCUAUGCAGUGUUACCUUUAUUUGGUUUAAUUUGAGUUAGUUAUUAAUUUAGAUUGCCCUUGACCACAUGUCGUAGAGUUUAAAAUAAAGUUGUUUGUUAUCUCCAUUCAUGUGAAUUCAGUUAGGAAGUUUUUUUUUAGAUUUAACGAGUCAUAUUAAUAAUACCCAAGAGAGGUGACAGCU